AUGACGCUCGGUGCCAGGUCAGAUUUACGCCCGCGACGUCAUGCCAGGAGGAGCCACCUCGAUGGCCACUCCUCGGCUGAAGUCGACAGUUCUGUUGGCCCAGAACAAAUUGGCAAGCUCUUCAGACUCAGAGUCCAGGUCCCUCGCGCGAUACAAGAUCGUUUCGUUUCCAGAACACUUCUUCCUGACACUGUAGGCGCUGUUGACAAUCCUAAGUACUAUUGUUUAUUCUUGUGGCUACACAACCUCUUCCUUUCAUCCAUCAUGUCAUCCCUGGCUCGCACUGUUGUUCCUCUGCGAGCGAUUGGCAGAUCUGUUGCUUCGAGACCGGCCGCAACAUUUCAUACAUCUUCCGUAUGCCAGUCGUUGAGUGAAGCCGAUCAUGACUCCCCUGACCGAGCGAGCAACAUCGACCGCCACAAAUCGGACAGCAUCGAAAAGGCCAAAACGGGCAAGGGCGAGUGGAAGCCCGAGCUCGCCUCUUCCAGUGAACAAGCGAUCAGCGGAGACAAGCACAACAUGACAAUAGAGCAGAUGCAGAAGUUGGGCGAGAAGAAGUCUGAAGAAGGCAAGAAUCCCUCAGGAAGUGACAGUUCGAAGAAUUAG